CCAAUUCCUAGUCUUCGUUUACACGCUUACAGCAAUACGGGGGACAUCACGAUUUCUCCGCCCCCGGAUGAGACGAGCGGAGCGGAGCCUCGACGCGCAGCGGAAUCAUCGAGGAAAUGCCCGCGGCCGGCAGGCGGAGACCCGGAGGAGCCCAGUGGGGGUGGAUGUCCGGUCUGCGACGCCACGCGGUGCACGGGACGCGGAGGUCCUCCGUCCGUCGUCGCGCGCCACCAGUCAGUCGCCCCAACUUGCGGUGGACCUGCUCGGCGCGCGCCAGCCUGCUUGGUUGGUCUCUGUCGCGGCCUCGCUACUAUUCUGGCGACUGGUAACUGGUAAGUACUAGACUACUGGUGAUGGGGUGGUAUUACACAACUAUUAGCGUUGCCCCCAGACAUCAUUAGCAGGGCCAGCUUGGUAUGCUAUUACUGGAGUAUUAAGAAAGGGGUAGUGUGUGUUUGUUCAGUCAGUUGUACCUUGCGAUUCCGUUUACUAAUACCGAACAUUCGAUAGGUUUGUUACUUGAUGCUCCAACCCCCGGCGGCCCUACAAUAUUUCAUAUUAGAAACCGGAAACAAAUCAACUCUAAAAUCGACUAGUCUAGCUCCAUGUCACCAACCUGCUGUCUCUUCUUUUUUGUUCCUAGAAAAAAAAAGAGUGCUCUUAGAUUUUAGCUGGGGCAGUAUAGCAUAUUAGCCAUAUAUCCUUCUUUCAAGAAAAAAAACACACUUGCAAAUCAAUAUACAGCUCAUUCUUAGUCUAUGGCAGCAACUAAUAGGCAUUCAUACUAAAUGGCAUGGUUGGUGGCUGGUCACUGGGGGCUAGGGAGCACCGUUCCCUUUGCGUCACUGUGUGGGGGCAUUGACUUCACCUGGUCUUCUCCCUUUGCCAUAUUCGUUUUCUCUGCUUCCUCUUGCUUACACCUUCCACGGUUCUUCAAUAACUGAGCUUCUUGGAGUCAUUACAAGUGUGUUCGCCAGUCGGAGUAGCCAUCGGUUCCUCUGUAUGCGAUCUUAAAUUUGCAACCUCGGCUACGAAGUGAUCAUAUCAUAUAGCUUCUGGGAAGUUGUCCAUAUAACUUCUUGAUGGGCAAUGCAAUGUCUUCCCCAUAUCAGAACAAUCCUUGAGUAAUCUGUGACUCUGAAUCUUCCAGAUAUCUUCUCACAGCCAAAGAGUUGUAUCCUGCUGCUACUAAUGUAAGGGUAGAGGGCCGCUGAGACUUGCAGGAUCAGUUGGGGAAGUAUCAUAUGGCUACUGCUGCGCAAACAGAGCAUGCCGUUGCUCCAACUGGCACCACAAUUACUCCAGGAGCAGGCAAUGAUGAGAUUGAAGACAGCAACGCCCAUGGAAACACCAAUAGUCAGCAUUUCAUUGUCACUGGCCUUGGUGGUGGCAGUGGCAAGGGGCAGGACUCCAUGGAUGAUUCAUCCAGGAGAUUUUUAUUAGUUGAUAGCACCGAUGAUGGUUUUGAUUUCUUGUGGAAACUGCGGAAGUAUUUGGUACUUCUUGGAAUCUUAGCUGUUGGUGUGACAUACAAUUCUGGAUUAACACCACCUGGGGGAUUUUGGAAUGAAAACACGGAUGGCCAUAAAGCUGGUGAUCCUGUCCUUCAUGUUGAGUUCUCCCAACGGUAUGAGAUAUUCUUCUAUUGUAAUGCAACAGCCUUUGCUGCAUCUCUUGUCUUAAUAAUCUUGCUUCUAAGCAAGAAUGUGACAAGGCAGAAGUUGUGGCUUCGUUCAAUGCAAUUUACAAUGCUAGUGGACCUAUUCAGUCUGAUGGGGGCCUAUGCUUCUGGGAGCUGCAGGGCUCUUAAGUCAUCUGUCUACACAUGGGUUCUAGUCAUUAUUGUUUUUGCUUAUGUUUUGAUUCAUAUCCUAGUAUCCACAAGGUUUGUUCCAGAAACAUUCAAAAUGACGGUGAAGGCGAUGGUAAAUCGAACUCUAUCCAUGUUGGGAAUAUGUGAUGUGAAAACAAGUAGUAAUCAAGAGAAAAGGAACCUUGAGGAAGCUCGCAAGUUUAUUCUGAUGCUUGUAACUUUUGCUGCCAGUGUCACAUACCAAGCAGGGUUGAGUCCACCAGGUGGCUUUUGGGCUGAAAAUGAUCAUAUCUCAGAGCACCGUCCAGCUACUCCUGUUCUUCGCAGUCACUACCUGCGCCGUUAUAAUAUCUUUGUUAGUUGCAAUUCAACCUCCUUUGUGGCAUCUUUGGUUACAAUUAUAUUGCUUCUGAGUCCAGAACUGAGCAGGCAUGGAAUAAGGACCAAAGCAGUGCUUGUUUGCGUGGUGGCUGACCUGUUAUGCCUAAUUGGUGCCUUUGCUGCUGGAUGCUGUAGGGAUGUAGCAACAUCGUUCUUUGUCAUGUUUAUUAUAGUCAUAGUUUUGAUCUGCAUUGGGUUUUUAGCUGGGAUAUUUGUUUACAAACCUGUAGCAGACUGGCUAGAGAAUAUCAAAGCACACAUUAUGCGGUGCAUGGGUGUGCUAGGUCGAGCACUCUCACUGAAAUCUAGGAGUAACAGAUCAAUCAAUUCAAAGCCAGAGAGUUCUCAUGGAAAUCAUCAGAAAGAAUCAGUCCAUGCAUCUGAUGUACCAGCAGAAGACAGUGCAUAUGAACCAGGACUCCAGACUGCAGGCAAUCAGCAAGUUUCAAAUGCCACAGAAGUGGAAUCCAGUGAGGAGUAUCCACCUGAAGACAAUCAGAAGAUAGAAAAUACUGAAUCACUCUCUAACUCUCAGAAUCCAUCAGACAAUAGUUCACAAUCAACAAACACCAAGGAUCCUGUGUCCAAUCUGGAGUGUGAACUAUCCGACUGCAAGCUAGUUGCAAACAGGACAGAAUCUCUCUCCAGCACAGAACAUCCAUCGUCGAGCUGUCAGCAAAGGGAUGGUGUGUCUGCAGACAGCCAUCUAGUUUCAGGUAUGGAGCAAUCUUCAUCUGAACAAAAUGUGUUAGCUGGUGACUAUAUUGAGGAUGGAAGGCCUUCUUUGCCUGCGGAAGUCAGUGAUACUGUGGAAUCUGCAGAACAGAAUUUGACUAGACAUAAUAACCGUGACAUGGAAAAUGGUGGCAUUGAUAACAAUGCAGAACAUGAGAAUGGCCGUACAGACUGCAAUCAAGAAGCACCUGAACCAAAUUAUCCUCGAAAUUCAAUGGAAGAGCAUCUGGAGAAGACCCGCACAUAUUUGCUCCUCCUUGCCAUUCUUGCAAUAUCUCUGACAUAUCAAUCAGGUUUGAACCCACCAGGUGGCUUCUGGUCAAGAAGUGAGAAUAAUCACUCAGCUGGUGAUCGCAUCCUUGAGGACAGUGACCAUCCACGCUUCAUUGCGUUCUUCUAUCUUAAUGCAGUUGCAUUUGUGGCAUCUAUUGUGAUCAUCCUUAUGCUACUGAACAAGAGUAUGAGCAAGAAGGUUACAAAACAUCGUGUCUUGCAGGUAGUUAUGAUAGUGGACUUACUUUCCCUGACUGGGGCCUUUGUCAUGGGGAGCUGCAGGGAUGCAAAGAAGUCUAUUUCCAUAUCAGUGUUAUUAUGUCUUGUUAUUGCUUAUGUUGCUCUUCAUGUUCUCAUAAUUCAUGUGAUCCCUCCAGAGUGCAAAAGGCUGGUUUCAGAUAAAGUGAAGAACUUCUCCUGUGGAAAUGUAUGGUCAGCAUUGCCUCAGUUAUGCCAGCAGCAGACAGGGAAGGAAACUAGUCCAAAGGAAUUGGAACGCAGGCGUAAUCUACUACUGACACUUGCUAUUCUAGCUGCAACUGUCACAUACCAAGCUGGCAUCAACCCUCCAGGUGGUGUAUGGUCUGAUGACAAAGAUGUCAGUGGCGCACCAGGAAACCCAGUCCUUCAGGACAACCAUCGAAAGAGAUACGAUUUGUUCUACUACUCAAAUUCAGUCUCAUUUGUGUCAUCUGUUGCUAUCACAAUAUUACUUGUGAAUAAGGAAUCCUGUGAGCAUGGAAUCAAAUCUUAUGCACUGCGAGUGUGUUUGGUGGUGGGUUUACUUGGCCUCUUGAUUGCAUAUGCCGCAGGAAGCUGCAGGAAUAGAAAGCAAUCCAUCUUUGUCAUCAUCAUUGCCAUGGCUGUUCUCAUAUCCCUUGUGAUUCAAGUCCUGCUAUCUUCAAUGUAUGAAACGCUAAGAAGACCAUUGGCUAAACUUAUGGAACGUCUGCAGAAACUUAUGGAAUAUCUCCAGAACUGGUUUUUUGGAACUGAGACAGUUAGACGAGAAAUUACUUCCGGGUCACUGGAAACUAAAGAUUGUAAUGAGCAAAAAGUAAGAAAGAGGCAUAAGUAUCUCAUGCUUAUUGCCACUUUAGCAGCCUCCAUCACAUACCAAGCUGGUCUGAACCCACCUGGUGGCUUCUGGUCUGAUGACGACGGUCAUAACGCAGGCAACCCGCUCCUUCAUGAUAUUAAUCGCCAACGCUACAAGAUAUUCUUCUGCUUCAAUGCUAUCUCAUUCAUGACAUCUAUUGUUGUUAUUUUGCUUCUGCUGAGUAAAUCCAUUAGGAAAAAAGCUGUCCCGCUUGAGGUAUUGCUCUUGAUUAUGAUACUGGACCUGGUGUCUCUCAUGACAGCUUUUGCUGCGGGAAGCUGCAGGAAACUAAGCACUUCAGUCUAUGUCUUUAUGCUAGUAGCUGGCGUAGUGGUAUAUCUUGUGGUUCUUAUUGUUCUGUCAAGGGCAAUUAAAAAAUAUCUGAGAAAGUGGAAGACAUGUGGGAUUUUCUUCUCAAGAUAUACUGUUCGUGUUUCAAGCACAAACACAAGGGUACAAAGAGAGCAAGUCUGAAGAAACCCUCCCUGUUGUUCUCAAGUCAGUAUAUCUUCUUCGUCGUCGUCGUCUUCCUUUUCUGUAUCAGGGUGCAAAAAAAGCCUCACCGCUGUUUGUGUUCAAUUUUACUUGCAGGAUGGUGGUGAUGUAUGUUACUAAACUGUCAUUUACAAAAGUUGAAUUUGGACUAAACCAUGUUGAUAUUUUUGCAAGUGUCAUGUAAUCCGCUGGAUAGCUCAUGAAAGACCGUGGAUUUUUUUCUUUCCAUUA